AUGUCCAAUAGAAGCCAGCACUAUGGGUUCCAGUCGGCCACCAUGGUGCAGCCUGCAUAUGGUGGUCACUCCUACGUGUUUGGAAACAAUGGCUCAGAGAAUGACUUGUCAGAGGAGGACGGAGAAAGCUUUGAGCUACGGUCACGUGGAAGAGAAAGGCUAAGAAGAAGCAUUUCCAAGGAGAAAUUGGACGACAUUAUCUACCUUCCUAGAGAUAUCCAGGAGGGGGACACCCUGAACAGCAUCGCCCUGCAGUACCAUUGCUCGGUGGCCGAUAUUAAGCGUUCAAACAACCUCCUAACAGAACAGGAUUUCUUUGCUCUGCGUUCUAUUAAGAUUCCUGUGAGGCGCUUCAGUGUUCUAACGGAGACUCAUAACACUGGCCCUGCCACAUCUGCUUCCCCCACAGGGGCUAGACGUGUCCCCCAGAUCUCCCUCGUUACAUCCCUCCCUUUGGAGUCCUCCACAGACUCUUCUUCUUCUUCCACGGACAGUGUGGAAGGAUUUCUCCUGGAGAAGGAUAAGGACAUUGAGCAGCUGGUGAAGUCCACAGGGCCGUCUCGGAGCAGCCUCAGCGAGGUCGUGUCCUCUCUAACUCUACAGCAGCAGCCACUGCUGGAAGGAGUAGAGUACAAACCAGUUCAAAGAAAGGACCCAUACUAUGGAGCUGACUGGGGCAUGAGAUGGUGGACCGCCGUGGCCAUCAUGCUGGUUGUUGGCAUUGUGACACCUGUGUUCUACCUUUUGUACUAUGAGGUUCUUGUGAAGUCUGACGUCAGUCAUCACAGCGUUCCUCCACCCACACUUAACGGCCUGCAUCAUGAACAGUUCAAUGGUAAAAAUAUGGACCACUCUGCAGAACACAAUGCGUGGGCUGGUCUUGGAGAGGAGGUCAAUGGAAAUCAUCAGAAACCUGGUGUGGACAACGCUGCAGCUGAUGCUAACGCACAGUUUAGGGACACGUAGCAGAGCGUUGGAUUUCAUGUUACUAACCAGAAUCUGAAUAAAAAUCCAUGGAUGUUCCUAUUUUCAAGUUGUCUUAAUAAAACAAUGUAAUCUGUUUAGCGGUGACCUGGUGGGACUAUUCAUCUAAACAUAGGAGAGGUAAAGCUGCUAUUCUUCACUAAUUCCAUCGAUAUGAAUUUUAACAAAGCAUUGAAGGGCUGCAAGAAAAUACUGGACCUUCAAAUCAAAGCAUUAUUUUGUACAGUUGUUGGUCUGUGCAACAUAAUUAGGGUGAUGUUUUUGCCAUUUUCCUCAUUUUUAAAAUAUUUUUAAUGAACAGGUGAAAACACCUAAUAUUUGGCAUUCUGUGUCUAUAUGGCAUAAAAAAUAUAUAUUUAGUAUAUUUGCUCAAAAGCAUUAUGGUCCAAAUAUGUUUGCUACACUAGAGUUGGGAAUGGAGUAUUACGGUUUGUACAGCCAUAAUUGCUUCCACUGUUUGAUUAGAAUUAAUUUAUUGAAAGGAUGAGCAUUAGUUUUUCCUAAUACUUUCAGUAUUGAGUUGCUAGUUGUUUUGAAAUUCCUGUGAAAUAUCUAGAAUCUUAGCUUUAGUUUGCAUUUGAGAAAACCUUAGUUUUUCUUUUGAGAGCAUGUUAAGAACAUGGGAAAUGCACAGUAUUCCCAUACAGACUCCUAACUGUAAUGAUGUGAACUUUAAGACUUUGUUAUAUAGCCUUUUAUUUGAUCAGUGUUCACUUGAUACGUGCCUUUUAACCGGUGGAAAUGAGCUACAGGCAGAAAAAUAAAUAUAUUUUCAAUACAUUA